AUGGAAGGACGCAAGGUUUCUCCAAUACGUUCAGAUAACUCGAAAUUGUCAUCUCAACCUACUAAUUACUAUGCUAAUCUAGCUGUUCAGGAAGGAGAUGGACGGCUUUUCAAAAUGGAAGUGGAUUAUACGGAACAGACCGAUGAAGCGUUAGCUAAAGCAGAUGCUAUUGCUAAGAGUGGUAAUGUGCCAGCAGCACUAGAUUCAUUAUCAAGUUUGGAGAAAUCAACGAGGCUUGGAUCAGAUAUGAAAUCAAAUACACGUAUUGUUCAACACAUGGUAAAGCUGUGCUUUGAUGGAGGAGAUUGGACGUUGUUAAAUGAUACUAUUCUGAUGCUAUCUAAAAAACGUUCAAUAAUCAAACAAGCAAUAGCUAAAAUGGUACGCGACUGUUGCGAAAUGAUCGAAAAGACACCAAAUGAGCAGAUUCGUGACAAACUUAUCGAAACUUUAAGGAAUGUUACUGCUGGAAAGAUAUACGUUGAAGUUGAGCGAGCUCGAUUGACCGCUCGACUUGUGAAGAAAUUAGAGUCAGAAGGUAAAAUUGAUGAAGCAACAACAAUGCUUCUGGAACUGCAAGUGGAAACUUACGGUUCUAUGGAACUGAAAGAAAAAGUAGAAUUCAUUUUGGAGCAAAUGCGCCUGUGCAUAUUAAAAAAAGAUUUUAUUCGUGGAUCAAUUUUGUGCAAAAAGGUUUCCACUCGUUUCUUCGAAAACAAAUCGGAAGAGGUGCAAGAAUUGAAACUGAAAUAUUAUGAUCUAAUGGUCAAAAUUGGAUUGCACGAAAGCGCUUAUCUGGAUGUAUGCCGAUACUACCGAGCUGUUUUAGAUUCAACUUGUGUGCAGACUGAUCAGGAAAAAUCAAAACAGAUUCUCAAAUGCAUUGUCUUGUAUGUGUUACUCUCCCCACACAACAAUGAACAAUGGGAUUUACUGCAUCGUAUUCAUGAAGGACGGCAGCUAGAACUUAUCCCGGAAUAUAAUUCGCUUCUCGAACUGUUUAUUAAUCAGGAAUUGAUUUCAUGGAAAAGAACAAUAAGUAAAUAUGAAAAACUCUUACGUGAUGGUAUUCCGACAAGCAAAGCAACUGAUGUUCUCGAUCGUAGUGAAAGUGGAAACAAACGUUGGUCUGAUUUGCAUGUUCGUGUUGGUGAACAUAAUAUGCGUAUGAUUGCGAAGUAUUAUACCAAAAUAACAUUUGCGCGUAUGGCUGAAUUACUCGAUUAUCCCAUUGAGGAAAUGGAAAGUUUUUUGUGUAAUCUCAUCGUUACGGGUGCAAUUCCUGAUGCAAAAAUUCACCGCCCAGCGAAGGUUGUCAAUUUGCGUGCUCGAAAAGCUAAUAUUGAACAGUUGGAUCAGUGGGCUAGUUCGGUACGAAAGCUUACCGAUAUCCUUAAUAAGGUGUCCCAUUUGAUUUCCAAAGAAGAAAUGGUUCACCGACAUUUAGAAGAUGGCUCAGGAUCGAGCGCUACUGUGCGUUGA